AAGGGGGCACUUCCGGCCACGGCAAUUAUCCUGGGGUCCUCAGGAGCAUCCUGAGGCUGGGGGUCGUUCCUGGGCUUGGAGUGGGGGAGGAGGCCCCCCACCCCCCCCCCAGCCAUCAUGGCCAAGCCACCUAGCAAGGAUUCGGGGUUCAAGGAGAAGUUUAAGACCCUGUUGGGCCUGGGCACCCCACGAUCCAGCGGCAGAUCGUCAGAGGGCCGGCAGACGGAGUUCAUCAUCACUGCUGAAAUCCUGAGGGAGCUGAGUCCGGAAUGUGGCCUCCACAACCGCAUACGGGCCAUAAGUCAGAUCUGCGACGUGGCCAAGACCAAGAAAUUUGAGGAGCACGCGGUGGAGGCCAUCUGGAGAGCCGUGGCCGACAUGCUGCAGCCCGAAGGGCCGGCCGAGGCUCGCCACGCCGUCCUGCACCUGCUCAAGGCCAUCGUCCAGGGGCAGGGGGACCACCUGGGCAUCCUCCGGGCCCACAUCUUCCGGGUCAUCAAGGAAUACCCCUCCGGAGAGGACCUGCCCGAGAGGCUGGAAGUGUUCAGGGCUCUCACGGACAACGGCCGCCACAUCGCCUACCUGGAGGAGGAUCUGGCCGAGUUUGUCCUGCAGUGGAUGUCCGUGGGCCUGUCCUCCGACUUUCUGCUCGUGCUCGUCAACCUGGUGAAGUUCAACAGCUGCUACCUGGACGACCACAUCGCCCCGAUGGUCCACCUCAUCUGUCUCCUGUGCAUCCGGACCUCGUCCUCCGUGGACAUAGAGGUGUCCCUUCAGGUGCUGGACGCCGUGGUGUGCUACAACUGCCUCCCUUCCGAGACCCUACCGGCCUUCAUCGUCACUCUCUGCCGCACCAUCAACGUCAAGGAGCUGUGUGAGCCCUGCUGGAAGCUUAUGCGCAACCUGCUGGGCACCCACCUGGGGCACAGUGCCAUCUACAACAUGUGCCGCAUCAUGGAGGACAGGGCCUACAUGGAGGACGCCCCCCUGCUGCGUGGCGCCGUGUUCUUCGUGGGCAUGGCGCUCUGGGGCGCCCACCGGCUGCCCUCUCUCAGGAACUCCCCCAUGUCCGUGCUGCCCUCCUUCUACAAGGCGAUGACGUGCCCCAACGAGGUGGUGUCCUACGAGAUCGUCCUGUCGGUGACCAGGCUCAUCAAGAAAUACCGGGCGGAGCUCCAGGCGGUCAGCUGGGACGUCCUGCUGGACAUCUUGGAGCGUCUGCUGCAGCAGCUGCAGAGCAUCAAGAGCCAAGAGCUGAAGUCGAUCGUCCACGACCUGCUGACGACGGUGGAGGAGCGCUGCGACCAGAACGACUUCCACGGCUCGGAGGAGCGCUACUUCGAGCUCAUCGAGCGGUGCGCCCAUCAGAGAUCUGAGUCGUCCGUCCUGAACCUGAUAGCUUACCGCGCCCGCGCCAUCCACCCCGCCAAGGACGGCUGGAUCCAGAAUCUGCAGCUGCUCAUGGAGAGGUUCUUCAGGAACGAACCACGCAGCGCAGUGCGCAUCAAGGUCUUAGACGUGCUGUCGUUUGUGCUCAGCAUCAACAGGCAGUUCUACGAGGAGGAGCUGAUCAACUCGGUGGUGAUCCCCCAGCUGGCCCACAUCCCCGAGGACAGGGACCCGCAGGUCCGGAAGCUGGCCACGCAGCUGCUGGUGGACGUGGCCGAGGGCUGCCACACGCACCACUUCAACAGCCUGCUGGACCUCAUCGAGAAGGUCACCGCCCGCCCGCUGUCCCCUCCCCCGGAGCUGGAAGCCCGGGACUUACCCUCCUUCCUGGCUUCCCUGGAGGACGUGAAGACGGCCGUCCUGGGCCUGCUGGUCAUCCUCGAGACCAAGCUGUACACGCUGCCGGCCAGCCACGCCACCGUGGUCUACGAGCUGCUCCUGCAGCACAUCCAGCUCCACUACCAGUACGGCUACUCUCUGCCCACUGCCAGCAGCAUCCGCCUACAGGCCUUCGAUUUCCUGCUGCUGCUGCGGGCCGACUCGUUGCACCGCCUGGGGCUGCCCAGCAAGGACGGAGCCGUCCGCUUCAGCCCCUACUGCCUCUGUGACGCCCCAGAGCCCGAGCGUAUCUCGGAGAAGAAGGCCGGGGGCAGCCUGUCCCCGCCCACCGGUAGCCCCGGCCUCUCGGGCGCACCGCCUGCCAUCCGCGUGGGCUACCUGCCCUAUUCCCUGCUCUUCGGCGUCGUGCUGCAGUGCUUAAAGCAAGAGACGGACUGGAAGGUUCUCAAGCUGGUGCUCAGCAAGCUCCCCGAGUCCCUGCGCUACAAAGUGCUCAUCUUCACCUCCCCGUGCAGCGUCGACCAGCUGUCCUCCGCCCUCUGCGCCAUGCUGUCGGACCGGAAGACCCCCGAGCGCCUCCGUGGGACCCCGGACGGCUUCUCCCGAACGGACCUGCACCUGGCGGUGGUGCCCGUCCUGACGGCGCUCAUCUCCUACCACCGCUACCUCGAUAAGGCCAAGCAGCGGGAGCUGGUUUACUCCCUGGAGCACGGCCUUAUCUACCGCUGCGCCAACCAGUGCGUGCUGGCCCUGUCCGUCUGCAGCGUGGAGAUGCCCGACGUCAUCAUCAAGGCCCUGCCCGUGCUCAUCGUCAAGCUGACCCACAUCUCCGCCACCGCCACCAUGGCCAUCCCCCUCCUGGAAUUCCUGUCCACUCUGGCCAGGCUGCCGCACCUCUACAGGAACUUCGCCGCCGAGCAGUACGCCAGCGUCUUUGCUAUCUCCCUGCCCUACACCAACCCAUCCAAGUUUAACCAGUACAUCGUGUGCCUGGCCCACCACGUCAUCGCCAUGUGGUUCAUCCGCUGCCGCCUCCCCUUCCGCAAAGACUUUGUCCCCUUCAUCACCAAGGGCCUGCGCUCCAACGUGCUGCUCUCCUUCGACGACACCCCAGAGAAGGACAGCUUCCGGGCGCGGAGCACCAGCCUCAACGAGAGGCCCAAGAGUAGUUUGAGGAUAGCCAAAACCGUAAGACCAGGCCUGGCUAACUCCCCUCCCGUGAAGGAAAUCCGAGAGAGCCCAGCGGCCAACGCCUUCAGGUGCCGCAGCAUCAGCGUGUCUGAGCACAGGGUCCAGGCGUCCGUGACCAGCUCGAGUCUGGGGUCCGCGGACGAGAGCUCGAUGGGUCAGGCGGACGACGGCAUGAAGAGGCUGCACCUGGAGCUCACGGAGGCCUGCCUGGACAUGAUGGCCCGCUACGUUUUCUCCAACUUCACCGCCGUCCCCAAGAGGUCUCCGGUCGGGGAGUUCCUGCUGGCCGGGGGCCGCACCAAGACCUGGCUGGUGGGCAACAAGCUGGUGACGGUGACGACCAGCGUGGGGGCCGGAGCCCGCUCUCUGUUGGGCCUGGACACCGAGAUCCACGGCGGCCCCGAGCCCAGGCCGGAUCCCGCCCUGCAAGUGAGGCAGACGAAAGAGGCACCGGCCAAGCUGGAGUCCCAAGCCGCCGGCCAGCAGGUCUGCAGGGGCUCCCGGGACCGAGUCCGCUCCAUGUCAGGAGGUCACGCUCUGCGGGCCGGGGCGCAGGACAGCCCGGCCUCCUUGGCCCCGGGACCCCAGGGGCAGCCCACCCCCGCCUGCCCGGAGAAGACCCCCCCGCCGAAGGAGAAAGCCCACCUGGCUGCGUGUGUGCCCCUGCUGACCCAGGGCUGGGCCGAGAUCCUGGUCCGCAGCCCGACAGGGAUCACCAGCUGGCUGAUGAGCCUGGAGAACCCACUGAGCCCCUUCUCUUCGGACAUCAACAACAUGCCGCUGCAGGAGUUGUCCAACGCCCUCAUGGCGGCCGAGCGCUUCAAGGAGCACCGCGAGACCGCCCUCUACAAGUCCCUGUCCGUGCCCUCGCCCGGCCUGGCCGCCGGCACCGCCAGGCCCUCGCCGCUGCAGCGCUCCAACACCGUGGCCUCUUUCUCUUCUAUGUUGCUGUCCAGUUGUCAAGAGUCUGCGGUGGUCCUGGAGGAGGGGAGCCGGCGGGAGGUGGACCUGCGGGAGCCGGACUCACCCGGUGCCGACCCCCAGGGGUUAGAAGACUUCGAGGCGUCUUGCUCGCCACAGGCCCUGACGCAAGAGAAGGCCGCCCGGCACCCGGGAGGCUACAGCCGGUCCUCCUCGACGUCCAGCCAAGAGGAGAGGCCGUUCCGCUCCGAGGAGCUGGCACCCGGCGCCGUCCCCGUGGAGAAGGGGGUCGGGCUGGGGCCGGACCGGCCGGCGGGGAUGGAGGAGGAGGCGGCGGCGGCGGCCUUCCAGCCGCUGAGCAAGUCCAGCUCCUCGCCCGAGCUGCAGGCGCUGCAAGGCGCCGGCCCCGAGGCCGGGAAGCUCAGCCCGGAAGGCAGGGCCAAGUCGCGCUCCGGGCACCUGGAGGGGGCCGCGGCCGGGCCCUGGGUGGGCCACCGGGCGGAGGAGGAAGAGGAGGACGGGGACGGCCGGGGGGCGGGGACGGCCCAGCUGGAGGCCCCCGCGGCCGCCCCCGGGGCCUCCCCCAGCUCCCCGGGCGGCCACCGGCCCCGCGGGUACACCAUCUCCGACUCGGCCCCCUCACGGAGGGGCAAGAAGAUGGAGAGGGAGGCCUUCAAGGGCCGGGCGGCCGCUGCCAACGCGGAGAAGGUGCCGGGCAUCAACCCGAGCUUCGUGUUCCUGCAGCUGUAUCACUCCCCGUUCUUCGGCGAAGAGGCCAACAAGCCGCUCCUGCUGCCCAACGAGACGUACGAACGGUCCGUCCAGCUCCUGGAUCAGAUCCCGUCGUACGACACCCACAAGAUCGCCGUCCUCUACGUGGGAGAGGGUCAGAGCACCAACGAGAUCGCCAUCCUGUCCAAUGAGCACGGCUCCUACCGCUACACGGAGUUCCUGGCCGGGCUGGGCAAGCUGAUCGAGCUCAAGGAUUGCCAACCGGACAAAAUCUACCUGGGCGGGCUGGCGGUGUGCGGAGAGGACGGGCAGUUCACCUACUGCUGGCAUGACGACAUCAUGCAGGCCAUCUUCCACAUCGCCACGCUGAUGCCCACCAAGGACCUGGACAAAAACCGCUGCGAUAAGAAGCGGCACCUGGGCAACGACUUCGUGACCAUCGUCUACAACGACUCGGGGGAGGAUUUCAAGCUGGGCACCAUCAAGGGCCAGUUCAACUUCGUCCACGUCCUCAUCACCCCCCUGGACUAUCAGUGCAACCUGGUGACGCUGCAGUGCCGGAAAGAUAUGGAAGGACUCGUGGACACCAGCGUGGCCAAGAUCGUCUCAGACCGGAACCUGCCUUUCGUCGCUCGCCAGAUGGCAUUGCAUGCCAAUAUGGCGUCUCAGGUCCACCACAGUCGCUCCAACCCCACGGACAUCUACCCCUCCAAGUGGAUUGCCAGGCUGCGCCACAUCAAGAGGCUCCGGCACCGGAUCCGAGAGGAGACGCAGUACCCCGGGCCCGGCUUCCCCCUGCUCCCGGUCCACCCGCCCGCUCACGCCAAGUCCCCGCCCCCGCCGGCCCCGGAUCCCGCCGCCCCCUACCAGACGGGCCAGCGGACGCGGCUCAUCUCCUCCGUGGACGACUUCACCGACUUUGUGUGAGCACCGCCCUGCCCGCGCGGGCCGACGGACACGGGGGUGGGCGGAGGGGGGCUCGACGGCCCCUGGCCCGACUCCACUGGCGCGGGUAGCACGGUUAUUGAGAUGGCCGACGGCGGGCGGGGUUUGGGAGAGGGGUGCCGUGAGGUGUAGGUAUAAAAUGAAAUGGGGGCUAGCGAAGGGAAGUGUCGGAUCAAUGAAAUAUGGGAAGUUCUUGAAAUAGAACACUGAAAUAAUGAAA